UUUUGUUGGGCAUGCGCGAUAUUGGUGGAUUAUUCGUCAUUUUUAAACGGCAAUAGAUUUAUUCUACAAAUAAUAAUUAUAUAAACAUAAUUAUUUGUUAUUAAUUAACAAUCUGAACGCUCAAUAUCCAGUGAAUACAUAACAGUGUCUAUUUGUGCCUGCAAGGAAGUGUUUUUGUUCGUAAGGUCAAAUCAGAAAUGGAAAUAUCAUAAGACAGUGAACAAAUGUGGUCAUAAAAAUAUGUGAUAGUGUACAUACGGCUAUAGUGUGUGACAUAGUGCUAGUGAACAGUUGGCAGGGUCUGUGCGAUGAGUGAUCCCACGGUCUGGACUUAUUUUGGGACCCUGUGGGAUUGUUUGGAAUUAGUUCCGAGACUACAGUAAACGAUGGCGCAUUAUCCCCAACCGGCGUCGCUGGAGGCCGCGCUGCCUCUGCUCAGCAGGCCAGACCUUCGUCUCCGCCAGCAGCUGGGCGAGCAGCUCACGGCUCUGGUCCGUCGCGAGCCGGAGAUCACCCAGGAUUUAGCCGCGCAACUGCUAGACGCGUUGGUGUCAUGGCUAAAUGGAGGAAACUUCAAGGUGGCGCAGAACGGCCUCGAGGUGCUGGCCGCGUUGGCCGACCGUAUGGGCCCAGAUUUCUCACACUACGUGCCUACUGUACUGCCGCACAUAAUCGACAGGCUGGCAGACACCAAGGAGGGGGUGCGUCACAUGGCGCGCGUGUGCCUGGCCACCCUCGGGGAGAGCCGGGCGGCCCCCCCGCGGGCGCUCCUGGCGCGGCUCACGCCCGCGCUGCAGCACAAGGCGCCCCACACCAGGGAGGAGGCCGUCCGCUGCAUACAGACGCUGCUCGAGACUCACGGGGCAGCUGAGCUGCAGCUGCGUGCGGCUGUACCGACCCUGGCCGCGCUGGUGGGGGACCCCAACGCAGCCGUCCGGGACGCCGCGCACACGCUAUUUCUAGAGGUCUACAGGCACGUCGGUGAAAGACUAAGAUCUGAUUUGAAGAAGAAGGAACUGAUACCGCCUCAGAAACUGGCUAUUUUGGAACAAAAAUUUGACGAGGCGCGGGAGGCGGGGUUACUACUGCCGACUGCAACGCAAGCUACCGACGAACCUGACUUUGUAUCGCGGACUGUUAAAAGGACCAUGACGAUACCGACCUCAGCCAGGAGCAGGGACGGAGAUUCAUCAGGCGCCUCCACGCCAGCGUGCGAACCACCAAAGAGGACUGUGCCGGGUUUGUACAGUCUACCGUCAGCGACCAGGAAACCUCCGCCAGCAAAAAUAAACAGCGCCGGUAGUGUGUCGAGCGGCGGGUGGGGCGCGAGUGCGGGCGCGGGCGCGGGCGAGGCGGGCGCGGUGUCGUGCGAGGCGUUCGAGGCGGCGUUCGCGGGCUCCGCCCCCGCCGCCGUGUACGGCGCGCGCGGCCUCGACGACCUGUGCCGCCUCGCCGCCGCGCUGCUCGGCGACCGCGCCGCCGACUGGGAGCGCCGCGUCGACGCGCUGAAGAAAAUAAGAUCCCUGCUCACAGCAAACGCUCACAUACAGUACCCUACUGAGUUUGCUGCUCACCUAAAAGACUUGUCUGUGCCAUUUCUCGUCGUCAUCAAGGACCUUCGGAGUCAGGUGGUCCGCGAGGCGUGCAUAACUAUAGCUCAUAUGGCCAAAGUGUUAAGGAACAAAUUGGAACAAUUCAGUCUGUAUAUACUGCAAGAACUCAUAAACCUGAUACAGAACGCCGCCAAGGUGGUGUCGUCUGCUGGCACGGUGUGCGUGCGGUACAUCGUGACGCACGUGCACUCGCCGCGGCUGUUGCCGGUGCUGGCCACCAACCUCACCACGCACAAGUCCAAGGAGAUACGCUCCACGCUCAGCGAGGUCUUAGUUCUGUUGCUGGACAAGUGGUCUGCAACGACCAUAGAGAAGCAGCAAACGGCAGUCAGAGACGCAAUACGGCGUGGUUGCGUUGACGCUGACCCCACCGCUAGAACCUGCGCCAGGAGAGCGUACUGGGCGUACAAACGCCACUUCCCCGAGGACGCGGAACAACUGUUCCAGAGGCUGGACGUGGCUGCCCAGAAGCAGUUAGAGAGAGAGAGGAACAUCGGCAGUGUGGAUAGUCUGCACCAUGUUGGCACUGAGAGAAGAGCCAUCACUAGUCCUCGCAGUCCAUCUGCCAGCGUGUCAGAGCGAUCUCCGGGAGGUGCGGGCGCGGCGCGGUCGGUGUCGGCGAGCGCGCGCCAGGGCGCCGCGCACGCGCGUGUACGGGCGCUCUACUCGCACAUGACACGCGCCAAGAUGGCGGCCGGCACCGCCAGCCUGCCGCGCGCGAAGCGUUCCCCGGUGUCGUCCGCGGGCGGAGUCCCCCCGAGCCCGGAGCGGAGCGCCGGCCGGUCGCGGGCCCGACCGGGAGUCUCGCAGUCGCAGCCGACGUCCCGGUCGUCGUCGCCGUCGUCCCGCAGCAGUGGUCCGCAGUCGGUGUCCGCGCGCCGCAGACCCUCGGGGAUCCCGCGCUCGCUGGCCGGCUCCCGGGAGACCAGCCCCACCAGGUCUGGUAGGUCUGGCAGUGCAGCAGGUCCAGCACUAGGAGCUGGUCUCCGCCGCCGCGAGUCCCUGGAGCGCGGUCGUACUCCGUCGGCCACGCUGCGACUGCUGCAGCAGACCAGGGACGCCGAGGGAGCCCUCAGGAGUCCGGAUGACAACUCGGGGUGUGACGGACUCCGAGGAAGAGAUGAUGAUUCUGAAGCUUCCAGCGUGUGCUCCGAGAGGAGUUUGGACUUUUACAGGCGGCACGAUAGCGUGUCGUGGUCGGGGUCCGCGUCUCGGCUGGGGUACGAGUGCGGGUCCCCGCCCCCGCCCCCGCCCCCCGACGACAUCCUCGCACUGUGCGCCUGCACGCACUGGACAGAGAGGAAGGACGGACUCACACAUCUAGCCAACUACCUGAACAGCGGUCGGCUUCUGUCGGACGAUCAGCUCAAGCGUCUAACGGAACUGCUGAACAAGAUGUUCGUUGAUGCCCACACCAAAGUGUUCUCCCUGCUGCUGGACGCGGUCUGCGAGCUGCUCCUGGUACACUGGGAACAGCUGAAGGACUGGUUGUACCAGCUCAUGUUUAGGUUGCUGAUGAAGUUAGGUACAGACAUACUGGGCUCUGUACAGAGCAAGAUUAUGAAGACAUUGGACGUCAUACACGAGUGCUUCCCAGCUGAUCUGCAACUCCACAACAUAUUCAGGUUCCUGGCGGACGGUGCGACGGCCCCCACCAGCAAGACUAAGGGCGCCGCGCUACGUUUCCUGGCGGACCUCGCCCACGACUACUGCACGCCCGCCAGCCUCGCAGCAGCACUACACGGCGGCGCGAACGGAGUAGCGGGGCGAGCACUAACGCGCGUGGCAAUGCAGGCGGCAGACCUACGGGCGGCAGAUGUACGGCUGGCCGCAAGGAGAGCCCUCGGCUGUCUGUACGACUGCAACCCCGGCCCGUUCACGGCGCUGAUGAGUGAACUGCCUCCGGAGACGCAGAGCAUGGUCAACGGAGUGCUGCAGCAGCAUGUCCGGAGAACAUCGAGCACCGGUAGCGACAGCCCACUCCGUACCGUCAGCAGCACCAGCAACUCUGCCAACGCUGAGGACGUGUACUCCAGGAUAAGGAAGACCACCUCCGAAAUACACACCUACACCGCGCAACACUCCAACGCUGAGUGUGGGAAUCAUAUGUCGAGCAAGGACUCCGGCAUUAGUCAGAUGUCCGAUGUGACACUCUCUGGUCGCCCGCACAACGGCGUGCCCAACGGACAUUACAACAAUGAUGCGAUUGCUCGCGCGGCAUCUGCUGAUAGUUCUGAGGAGGCUAGUAGUACCAAGGAGUCAUCACCAGUGCCGGCUCAUAACCGACUCGACUUCCCUCAUCAUCACAGUGACUACAAUUCGAGCCAACUGGGCCGCGACAGACUAAAAGCGUACGAGACGGACGAGAACGGGUUCAUUAUCACCAAAUCUGGUCUCCGCGAGCAAGAAGUACUGGAAGCACUGUGCAAGCUGGACGUAACCCAAGCGCCAGCAGAACAGUGGGAGUGCCUACUGCUGGCCACGCACGAAAUCCUCAAGUAUGGUGACUGUAGGAAACCCAGCGAGUAUUUCAAGAACAUAGUUCGGGUAGCGUUGGCCGCGCUAUCAAUAGAGGAAAACUCCGGUGAUAAAGAAAACUCUGAGAAUAUCUCCAAUGCUCAACAAACUUCAGGGUGGGGCUCGGCCGGGGAGCGGGCGGCGGCGGAGGCUGUGAAGGUGCUGGUGUGGCUGUGUCGCCGCCAGGAGACGCGCGCGCAGUGGCUCGACUACUUCGACCUCAUCCUGCUGAAGCUCAUCAACGCGUACGGCGCCCUCAACAAGGAGGUCAUGCGGGCGGUCGACGCCGGCAUGCCGCACGUCGCACACGCACUGCCGGCGCCCCAGGUGCUGGCGCUGCUGAAGCCUGUGAUCCGCACGCGAGGGUAUCCCACCUCGCUGUGUGCUCUCAAGCUGGCUGCUGAAGUGGCCAAGGCCCGGAGUCACGAGCUCACAGAUGAUGUGGUGGCUCAGCUCAUGGAGGGCGUCGGACAGCUGGCCGACCAUCAGAACUCGGCGGUGCGUAAAGCCGCGGUAUUCUGUAUGGUUGCAUUCACGUUCGCGCUCGGAGAGGAACGAAUGCAGCCACACCUCAAACAUCUGUCUGUCAGCAAAUAUCGCUUAUUGCAGGUGUAUAUAAGCAAGCAGCGCGAGGAAGGCCGCAGCGGUGGCGGCGGUGGUGGCGGUGGUGGUGGUGGUGGUGGU